ACCACACCUGCGCAGGUUAACCCUGCGGGGACGCGCCGGCCGUGGGUGGCGGGGAAGGCGGCGCUGGCGGCGGCCCCGGGACCCGCGGAAGCCGGCAUGCUGGAGAAAUUCGAGUUGGAAGAAGAAGCAGAAGACUCAGAAAGUGGUGUUUACAUGCGCUUCAUGAGGUCACACAAGUGUUACGACAUCGUUCCCACCAGUUCAAAGCUUGUGGUCUUUGAUACUACAUUACAAGUGAAAAAGGCUUUCUUUGCCUUAGUAGCCAAUGGUGUUCGAGCCGCGCCUCUGUGGGAGAGUAAGAAACAAAGCUUUGUAGGAAUGCUAACAAUUACAGAUUUCAUAAAUAUACUACAUAGAUACUAUAAGUCACCCAUGGUACAGAUUUAUGAAUUAGAGGAACAUAAGAUUGAAACAUGGAGGGAGCUUUAUUUACAAGAAACAUUUAAGCCUUUAGUGAAUAUAUCUCCAGACGCAAGCCUCUUCGACGCUGUAUACUCGUUGAUCAAAAAUAAAAUCCACAGAUUGCCAGUUAUUGACCCUAUCAGUGGGAAUGCACUUUAUAUACUUACCCACAAAAGAAUCCUCAAGUUCCUCCAGCUUUUUAUGUCUGAUAUGCCAAAGCCUGCCUUCAUGAAGCAGAACCUGGAUGCCCUUGGAAUUGGGACCUACCACAACAUCGCCUUCAUCCACCCGGACACUCCCAUCAUCAAAGCCUUGAACGUCUUUGUAGAGAGACGAGUGUCGGCCUUGCCUGUGGUGGAUGAGUCAGGAAAAGUUGUAGAUAUUUAUUCCAAAUUUGAUGUAAUUAACCUUGCUGCUGAAAAAACCUACAAUAACCUAGAUAUCACAGUGACCCAGGCCCUUCAGCACCGCUCUCAGUAUUUCGAGGGUGUCGUGAAGUGCAGUAAGCUGGAAAUCCUGGAGACCAUCGUGGACAGAAUAGUGCGGGCUGAGGUGCAUCGGCUGGUGGUCGUGAACGAAGCAGAUAGCAUCGUGGGUAUUAUCUCCCUGUCGGACAUCCUGCAAGCACUGAUACUCACGCCCGCAGGUGCCAAACAGAAGGAGGCGGAAGCAGAAUGACCACUGUGAGUGGAGAAGCCCUUGGAGGAGAACCUGAACAGAGAUUCUGGGUCACGCUUUGCCUCAUGAACACUGACCGUGACAGAAGACAGUCAAAUGGCUAAGAAUGUAUAUCAGGGUUUAGUGAUGGGUAUUUUUUCCAGUGAUACUGAAACUGAGCAUAAGAAACAGAGUUUAUGUGUUUGAAGAUUCAGGCUUGCAUUAAAAGACUGUUUUCAGACCUCUGUCUGAGCGAUUUCAAAUGCUGUAUGUUAUUAAAGUGCACUGUGUCCUGAAAUUUUUAUUACUUUUCAUUUCAAAGAAUUCACUGGUCUGUAACAGGUAAUAUGACAUAAGGCGAGUGCAUGGCCUCUUCAGACCUAGUGCCUUAUGUCAGAACACGCGAUACGUCAUCACCGCGGCCCAUGGCAGCUGGAGCCACACGGUGCUGGGGCGUGAAAGUCUGUGGACCUUUACCAAAUCAGUCUGUUUUCAUUAGAUUUGUUGAACAGUUGUAAUUUGGAUAUAAAUAAUUACUUUAUAAAACUUUAAUGACAGUUUUAUGUUUUAAGUGUCUGUUCUGAACUAUGAUGUAAACAAAACUGCUCUACAACAGCUUUAUUUAUUUUUACUUUCUUGCAAUUUUUUACACAUCGUGGUGGGGAAGCUUCACCGUACCCAUUAAUAAACCAUUGGUUGUUAUUUUUAAAUGGCAAAUUUCUCAUUUAAGUUUGCAUCUGGAGAGGAUAGGACUUCUAAAAUAGCCACUGUUAGGUUUUAAAAGCUGAAGUGUCUGAAAGCACGUGUGGAAACUGGAAACAGGCAGCGGUUAUGAGGAAACAAAAGUGCCGGGAAGAUGUCUAUUUUUUUCUUGUGUAUUGAAAUGUAUAAUCAUGAUGUUUGUAUGACUGCUGAUGCGACUGUUUUUGUAAAUUUUAUUGUGGCAUAUACAGUAUUGUCAUAUGGUUGAAAAGAAACACAAUGUUUCCUAAUGUAAGUGCUCUGAAAAUGUCGACACUGUAUAUAUAUAUAUAUACAUAUACAUAUAUAUAUAUAUGAGUAUAGUUUGAUUUUUUUUGUUUUGGGGUUUUUUUUUGGCAGAUUGAAAAAUUAAAAUAAAUCUUAUUAUCGACCAUUUUGUUAAA